GAGCAGCUCGAGAGGAGAGGCAAGGAGAGAGAGCCAACGGAGGGCGCCAAAGUAAAGCAACAGGAAGGCUUGGCCAGCCGGCUAUCCUCUCCCUCCUCUCUCCUAUCUCUUUGCAGUCGGCCGAACACGAAGAUGACCAGCCUCAGCCAAGAAAAGUUUGCCAGCCUUCAUGGCCGCCUCAUGACCAUCCUGUCCGCGGACUCAAGCGACGAUGGGGUCAACAGCGAGGUUUUGUCGGAGAGCUUCGGCGAGGAGUACCCCCUGCUGGUGGACGUCAUCAACUCCCUCCUCGUCGAUAACCGGCUCCAGCUCUCCAAGGGAGAAAACGACACGAUGUGGUACAAGCUGGUGCAGGAAGAGAAGGCCAAGAAGCUCAUGGGGCUCACGCCCGAGCAGAUGAUGAUCUACCAGGUGAUCGAGAAGGCCGGGAACAAAGGAAUCUGGACGCGGGACAUCAAGACGGCGACGAACGUCAACCAGAACACCAUGACGAAGACGCUCAAGUCGCUGGAGGGGAGACACCUCGUCAAGACGGCAAAGUCUGUCACGAGCAAGAGCAAGAAGCUCUACAUGCUCUACGAGCUCACCCCGGCGAAGGAGAUAACGGGAGGCCCCUGGUACACCGAUCAAGAAUUCGACUACGAGUUCGUCAAGCACCUCUCGAGCUACGUGCUCAGCUACGUCAAAGAACAGGAAACGCCUCCGUUGAAAGACAUCGCGGCGGCCAUCAAGGUGUCGGGCAUCUCCAAGAUCGAUCUCUCCAUGGAGGAGGUGAAGCUGAUCGUGAGCACCCUGGUGUACGACGGUCUCCUGGAGGAGGUCCGCGGAGCCGCGUCCAGGUUCAACAGAGACGCAGGAGAUGGUCCCGUGUACAAGAUGGCGCCAGCGGUAGAGGUCGUGAACGCUUUUACGGAGGUGCCGUGCGGGACGUGCAAGGUGAUGAAGCACUGCUCCGAGGACGGCGUGGUGUCGCCCAAGACUUGCGUGUACCUGGCAGAGUGGCUCAACCUGCCCAACUCGGACGAGUUAUUUUGACGCCACCGACCGACCGACCGACCGCACCACGAUCACAGAGCCAGCCCGAGUUCCGAUUAUCACACAUAGGGAGACGUACAGACUACAAAAAACAUUCAGCGAGACGAAGCUAGCUAUCGAGAUCGUAGCGGUGCGUGCGGUGAACCUCCUUCCUUGUCGCGUGGAAUAAUUUGCGCUGAACUAGGUGAAGAGUAUGUUGACGUUAACGUUGCUUUUGUUGUGUUGAUUGUUCGAAAGAAAGCGUUUUUUUUACCGUGAAAGAGAACACUUUUUUUGGCCUGUAUGUAUAAAGUGUAGGCUGUCAGCUGGUUAUACUUGCGGGGGUGAUGCGAGAGCUUUAAGCGCGAGUCUCUUAUUUUAUGUGGGGGGGGUAGGGGUGUGCAUGUGAGUCUUGGUGUGAAACGCCAGCGAGUUGUCCUCUACCAUGUUUACGUCCGUGCUGUUUUGUGUCUGCCCGUCUUCCGUGCGCCGCCCAAGGCUUUCCAUCUUCUCCUGGAAGGCUUAAGCGCUGAACGCUUGAUUUUUAGUACGGAGGAAGGGUGAGUUUGUGUCUUUAGGGGGCGUGGAGGCGUGUUUUCAACAAGUUGGUUUGUUCGCCGUGUCGUGUGUGUGUGUGUUUUUUUCUCUUGUUAGUAUCGAACGCGAGCCGCGGGUGUGGAGCCUGUCGCAGCAAGCACUCCAUUUUUGUCCACCACUCUCCAGCCGCCGGUGAUGAUGGAUGCCAAUUGUCCGGCCCCUUCCGUCAGUAGCGGUCGGUAUGUGGAACCAAGAACAACGGCUUGCAUUUCAAAGGCGGGGGCGAGGGUAUCCUCUGGAUCGUGGGAAAGAACCGACUAGUUCCCUAAGGAGGUGGAACUAACUCCCUUGAGGCUCUCAAAGCGGCGUUCUUGGGCGCCCGCCCGUAGCCCUCACAACCUCAACCUGAGACGUGUUCGACGAGUUCACGACAAAGAGAACAACAGGCACCUACUCCCCCGGCGAACAGCCAGCUUCAGGAUCGCGUCACGCCUCGAGGCCGACAAGUACAAGCCUUCGAAAAAAGUCGUUUUUGAAUAUAUUUAAGCAAACCCACCGCUCGCUGGGCACCACUCAUCUGUCCUCCUCUCGUCUUCAGUACAACAAAUGAAAUACUCGUCGUGAAAGUCUCAUGCACAUGUUAUACAAAAAAUGAUUUUCAACUUCUCCCCCAUCUUUUCAAUCUCUCUUCCGUUCCACUCCUCGUUGAUAGCUGUACCACCUUCCUUCGUUUCCACCCCCAAGAGCCGCCCCUCACACGUACAACGAACGCGACGUACAUUUGUAUGCGCUACGCAAUUUUGGCGCAGUAGGCUGAAUAGUCAAGUCAGAACAUGGAGAGAAACUAUACACAUUCGACCACCAAGCAGGACGCAUGCAUGCGUAUGCGCUAGGUGCGCCCCCCGCCCCCCCCCUCCCCCCCCCUACCCGGCCGGCACCCCUCGCAGUCAACAACAGCAGUAAUACCAACAUUAUGCUCGAUUAUAUACAUAGACAAGAAAUCAGGCGAAGACGGGCGGGUUUUAAUUUCGGAGUAGAUUGGUGUGUUUGGGAGGCGAAUUCGAUUUCAAAGGACUCCCACCACUGGUACGUCAGCCCCCUUGUGCGUUGUUAUGACCGUACCCCACACUUCUUCUGUUGUUUGCUGGUGGCUACUCUCAGGGAAGGGAUGUUCCUGCAUGCUGCUACUACAUGUUCCACCCCC